AUGCCUUUUAAACGUGUUUGCAAUGUAUGGGUGCCUGUGAAGGGUCGGUGGCGUGGCUGUAGUGCUGUAGUGCUGGCCAUUGAGUGGCGUAUCCCUGAGUCUAAGGAAUGCUUCGCUGAGAGAUCGGCACAAAAGGAAGCGAUCGCUGCAAUCGCUGCCAAACCUAUGCAUACGUUCAGCGAAUACUGCAAUAUAUGGCAAUUUGUGGCAACAAUAACGUCGUCCACAACGACGACCACCUCAUGGAGAGUGCAUUGGUACAUCCCAAUUGAGUGCACUAUUGAUAUAAUGGCCACCAAUGGCUCAUCCAAUGUGUCUGAAGUGCGAACAAAUGGUCACCGAAUGGAGAGUUCGCUUCAGUCGAUAGUCAAUGAGUUCUUGUGUUCACAAUUGGCUCUCAAAGGAUACAAUUGGACUCCAGAGGAAGUGGUGCCAAACGGUGUCAACAGUGACUCUCAUAGGACUAAAAUAGUGGACGCGUUGAAGACAUUGGGCCACAAAUACGUGAACUUAUAUGAGGAACAGUUGGCUGCGAUGUGUGAGCGCCUGGAGUUGAGUCCCUCGACGGCGAUGACAACAUUCAACAGUGUGUCCAACGAGUUGUUCAUCGAAGGCAUCAAAUGGCAUCAUAUCAUCACUUUCCUGGUCUUCGGCGCCGAAUUCGCGUUCAAUUGCGUUCAAAACGGUUUCCCAAAUCUAGUGAAUGAAGUCUCGCAUUGGAUCACCACUUAUGUCACACAACACCUCAACCCAUGGAUCCGUGAUAAUGGGGGCUGGGAGUCUGUGAUCGAGUUAUCCGACGACAAAGUGGUUGCGGGACAGAAGAAACUGCUUUACGGAGCGGCCGGUGCUCUCGGAGUGCUAACUCUGGGACUGUUUCUGCGAAACUUUUCUUUCAAAUGAGUGAAGAACUCAUUUGCUCUCAAAUUUAAUUUAUACACAACUUUCCUAUCAGUUUACAAAUAAGUAUUCAAUCAUCU